AUUUUUCAUUUCUUAACUACUUUACAAGCACCCUCAUUUGAUUCUGUCACAGCCAGAAAAAUAUUCAUUAAAAAGACAGUUCAAUUUUUUGGGCGACCCCCUCUUUUAGUAGUAUUAAAUCCUAAAUUACGAUCUAUCAUUCUAAAUAAAGCUCAUGAAGAACUAGGGCAUCAUGGAGAAUACUCAACAUGGGAAACUAUCAGGUACUGUUUCUUUUGGCCUUACUUGCUAGCCGAUGUUCGACACCAUGUCCAGUCCUGUCAUGAAUGUCAAAUA